UCCACCACGCACGCGCACUCCACCGCCUCGCCCUCUUUCUCCCCCUCCGCUCUCGCAAAGCGACCGCCCCUCUCGCCUUCGCCUUCGCCUCUGCCCCAAGCGCGGAGGCAAGGCAAUGCCGAUGGAAGGCGACGGAGGUCGCGCCGGCGCCACGGCGCAAGAAGGCGCUGACGGUCGCCUUACCGCGCGCACGCCGCUGACGCAGGGCGUGAUCGUGGAUGAGACGCCCCAGGUGGUUCCCUGCGUCGUCGUCAGCACGCCUGGCGGGCGUCUGUACAUGGAGGUCGUCACCACCAGAUUGGCCGAGGUGUGCGUGGAGUUGACGGUCCAUCCGGAUCCGCACCCCGUCCUUUGUCCCGUCCGCGAUGAGGUGCUGGAGGCCGACUUGCGGCGACGCGCGCUGUUGGCCGCCAUUGCCAGGGCGUACACUGUUGUCAAUCAGUAUGUUUUUUUCUUCACGCGAGAGGACCAGAGGUUCCGCGGCAUCAGCAUUUUCCACCCUUUACACGGACCGGAAUCACUGAGUCAGAGAUCCAGCCUCAUUGUAGCUGAUGGAUUUGGUGUUCCCGGUGGGAACCCACCAGGGAUGACCUUCACCGGGAGGACAGAUAUGGUGGCAAAUGCUUUCGCCCAGCACUGUUUGGCUGGCAUUCAGGGAAGCUUCAAGGCGAGGGACGCGGUUCCCCAGCUGUCGAGAUCCAUGUUGGGUCGCUUGCCUUUUGCGUGCCAGCACUGUCGAAGGCCACUGUGGUUCGGCCCGUGCUGCCUCAGGACGUUCUGUAGGGUUUGCGAGAACCACCCGACCCACAUGGUCGAUUGCGAUCUUGUUCAUGCAGCGGUUCGGAUGAUGCCGCCGUUCCUGCUGGAGAACGGGCAGCAGCCGCCGGGAGAGUUCGACAGGCUGCCGCACCCACUAUGGUGCUUGUAUCGGUACGUAUCUGGAGACAGGUAUACGCUGGUAUCCUACUUUCAGGUAGUGGAUGCCCAUUACUAUCAGAGGGACACCGGCAUCAGGUUUGCCACGCAUUUGUACCGGAGAGGGAGUCCUACCAGGUGGAUCUGGUGUCUUGAGCUCACCUUCACUAUUCUGCGGGAUCAACAUCUUCACAUCACAUGGAGGGUCCACCUGGCCGAUGAGUUUGAUACAUGGCGGGCUCCAACAGGUGCAGAUGACAUUCAGAGCGAGCUGAGGCAACAGGGAGACAGGAAACCCGACCUCAAGAAACGCAAGUGAGUGCAGCCAACACCAAGGAGAGGAAAACGGGGACUGAGAUGACGAGAGUGACAGUCACACCCGACCAUCUCGUAUAAUACGCUCGCUUUUUCUGUAUGUUCCUACAAGUAGCCCAGGAUGACAGUUCUCUGCACUCUUACAGUCUUUCUUUUUUCUUUUUGUGAAUGUGAACUUGCUACGUUUUGCUUUGUUCUCAUAAAAGUCUACUGUGCUUCACGGAAGGUUUAUUA